CUUCUUCUAACCGCUGUGUUUCUGUCUCCAGAGAGCAAGAUGGCGACGGGCGCAGACGUGCGGGAUAUUCUGGAGCUGGGGGGUGUGGAGUCGGAGAACACGGGAACCAUCAAUAAGAAGGACAUCAUCAAUUCUGAUAAGAAAAAGUCCAAGAAAUCCUCGGAGACGCUGACGUUCAAGAGGCCGGAGGGGAUGCACCGAGAGGUUUAUGCACUUCUCUACUCCGAUAAAAAGGACGCGCCUCCGCUGCUGCCCAGCGACACGGCGCAGGGCUAUCGCACAGUCAAGGCCAAGCUGGGCUCUAAGAAGGUCCGGCCCUGGAAGUGGAUGCCCUUCACCAACCCUGCGAGGAAGGACGGGGCCAUGUUCUACCACUGGAGGAGGGCGGCGGAAGAGGGGAAGGAUUAUCCCUUUGCCCGCUUCAAUAAAACGGUGCAGGUGCCCGUGUACUCGGAGCAGGAGUAUCAGAUGUACCUGCACGACGAUGCCUGGACCAAGGCGGAGACCGAUCACCUCUUCGACCUCUCCCGGAGAUUCGACCUGCGCUUCGUGGUGAUCCACGACCGCUACGACCACCAGCAGUUCAAGGUGAGCGGCCGCUGCCGCGGGGCAGGGGCGCUGCUGCUCCAACGGGUCACUCUGCCCUCUUCCUCCGGGGGAGAGCAAGGCGCGGGGUUGCCAGGAGAGCGACUGACCCGGGGACCUAGCGCCCCUGAGGGCUGGGCUGGAGCUGCCUGUGCAGGGGAGGGCGGGGAAGCCAGCGCCCGGGGGCAGGGCUGGCGUGGGAGCGGAGCUGCUCCCUGGCCUCGCUUUGCGGCUCUGACUGCCUCUCCCCGCGCCGGCCGGCAGGUGGCAGAAGAGGAGUAUCUGAUCCAGGAGCUGCGGAAAAUCGAGGCCAGGAAGAAGGAGCGAGAGAAGAGAACCCAGGACCUGCAGAAGCUCAUCACGGCUGCCGACACCACCACGGAGCAGAGGCGGGCGGAGCGCAAGGCUCCCAAGAAGAAGCUGCCGCAGAAGAAGGAGAGAGAGAAGCCUGCUGUUCCUGAGACUGCUGGCAUCAAGUUUCCAGACUUCAAAUCUGCAGGGGUCACACUGCGGAGCCAGAGGAUGAAACUGCCAAGCUCGGUGGGACAGAAGAAGAUUAAAGCCCUGGAGCAGAUGCUGAUGGAACUAGGAGUAGGUGAGUAAAGGGGGCAUGCGAGAGACGAGACACACAGAGCAGGCCUUUGUAGUCGGGAUGGGCUACUUUUCCCCAGUCAUACCGCCGCUUUCUCAAAUCACAGAGUGCGAAUGGGUUUUCAAAUGAUCUCUUCUGGCUCUUUCAAGAGGGUAGAAGCCAGAACAGGACGCGCAGGGUUGGUUCCCCUCCCAGAAGAAACAGGAUUUCAAAAGGCCUUUGUCUCUCUCG